CUCACUAGUAGUGGCUCACCAUGGCAGGCACUAAGCUAAUAUCACUGGGUUUCAUUGUUCUCAUGAGCAUGGGGUUAGCCAAUGCUGUGAGGGUAGCUAGAUACUCUAGUUCUGAUGGAACAGGCUCGGGAGGAGGAGGGGGUGGCGGAUAUGUGAAUGGUGCAGGAUCAGGGUUAGGGUCCGGCACUGGUUUAGGUGAGAGCAGUUCAAAUGGUGUCCACGCAACUGCUGGAGGCGGUGGUAGAGGGGGUGGAAGUAGCCAAUACGGUGGGUCUGCUUACGGUGGAGGGUCCGGAUCAGGUUCAGGAUCCAGUACAUAUAAUCAAGGACCGUAUUAUGGAGAAUCUUCCAGUGCCGGUGGUACUGGUAGUGGUGGAGGAGGGGGACAAGCUGGAGGUUAUUGGGGAUCCAGUGCACAGGGUUCUGGUAGUGGCACUGGAUCUGGCUCUAGCUAUUCUAACAGGUAUUGGUACGGACCUAGUUAUGCAGGUGCAAAUGCUAAUGGCAAUGGUGGUGGCACCGGGAAUAGUCAAAACGGUGGGAGAGGUGGUGGUGAAGGUGCUGGGUCUGGGUACGGCAACGCCAACCCCUGAUUUUUGUAUCAAGACAAUAUAAAGUUGGAGCCCAUCGCCUAGUUGUGGCACUGGGGUUAUUUUUGUUUAUUUGUACUUGUCUUAUCAGAAUCAAAUUAAUAAAGGGCCCAACUGUUCUAAGUAAAUGUAGCAGCCCAGUUUACGAGAAGAUGUUGUAAACAUGUCAGAUUCAAUGAACUUCUACUCUUGCCAUUUGGUCA